AUGGGCAUCAAGGGGAUUCACCAGGAGAUUGGUGGAGGUGAACGAAUUGCCCUGCUUAAACUUGCCGCACAGUCUCUAGAGCAGCAGGGACGGCCUUUGCGAAUUGCCAUCGACGUUGCCAUUUGGCAAUUCCAAAACCAGGCAGCCCAAGGUGGUACCAAUCCUGAAAUCCGAACCUUGUUCUACCGUCUCGUUCGCCUCUUAGCAUGCCCAGUCGAACCCAUCUUCGUAUUCGACGGCCCUUAUAAACCCGCCCUCAAACGAAACAAGCAAUCCAGUCGAGGCAGUUCCUUCGCUAAUGCACAAGCAAAACGUUUAAUCCGACUAUUUGGCUGUAAUAUUCACGAUGCGCCGGGAGAAGCAGAAGCAGAGUGCGCUCUGCUGCAACAACAUGGAAUCGUCGAUAUGGUUCUAACGGAGGAUGUUGAUGCUCUGAUGUUUGGAUGCACAAAGGUGCUGCGAAAAUGGUCACCGGAAUCGAAACGAUCAACGAAUCCAACACAUGUGUCGCUUCUCGAUGCGAAAAACCUAGAGCUUGGGGCGCAAGGUCUUGAUCGAGAAGGCAUGGUUCUCGUUGCCUUGAUGAGCGGUGGCGAUUAUAAUCCUGAUGGACUCCCCGGGUGUGGAAUCAAAGUCGCUCUCGAGGCUGCUAGGGCUGGUUUCGGCAAACAGCUCUGUCGGAUAAAGUCAGCAGACAAAGAAGCGAUCCAGGCUUGGAGAGACUCGUUGAUACACGAACUGCGCACCAACGAAAAGGGUUACUUCAAACGACGAAACCAGGCGCUUAGGAUCCCAGAGACAUUUCCCGACUUCAAAGUCCUGCGCUAUUACACACAUCCGGUUGUUUCGCGUGUUGAGACUCUAGGUGAUAUUCGCGAAAAGGUUCACAUGAAACGAGAAAUCCAGAUUGAAGACUUGCGAGAGUUCACGCGCGAGGUCUUUGGUUGGGAUUACCGAGUGGGCGCUUUGAAGUUCAUCAAGGUCUUGUCACAUGCGGUGUUUGUUCAUAAGCUUCAUAAUGUAGGGGGAUACGACCAUGACGGACUUAUCAAGGGCGUCACGGGCGUCAAAAAUGAUUUAAAUCAUGACUCGAUUUCCGUGGUUCGUUUACAGCAUAUUCCGAUCGAUCUUGUCCCAAUCGACAUGUCAAAGGAAGAAGACGAGGAAAUACUACAAGCACGAGCCGGGCUUGCUCUGAAUAGCGAUGACGAGAUCGAAGAUGCGGAGAACAUCGAAGCGUCAACCUCCAAGGCCGUGGAAAAGCCGUUUGAUCCUGCACAUCCUCUGGGUGUCUGGGUGAUAGAAGCUUUGGCAAAGAUCAGUGAGCCUUUUGCCGUUCAGGAGUCUGCUAUAAACGCCAAGAUUCGAGCGGCACAGCUUCGCAAGGAGAAUAAACAAGCACCAAAGAAAUCCAAAGCUUUGUCGAAAACGGGCAUGACUGCUGGUGCACUUAACAAGUUUGUACGAGCGACAAAGCCCCAUGCUGCCUCCAUGAUAACCUCCAAACCUCCCGCCACGGAGAAUAGCAUAGCCACUUCACCAACCCAUAACACAACAUCUCGCCGUUUACGCAUACCGUCCCCCCUGGAGCUAAGUAAGCAACCUAUGUCCACCUCGGAGAGCCCCGCCAGGCAGACUGCAACCCCUUGGUCACUUGCCAGCUCACAGGUGACGCCUAGAAUUCGAGGCUCCGCGGACGGAAAACAGCAAGCGAUUGUUAUCACAUCUAGCCCGCCCUGCGCGGCAGAGUCACCACCCCCAUCGCCCUCACCACCGGCAAGGAGUCGUGCCUCUGCUUCUCAACGUCAGUCUGGCGCGAUGCGGACGGCUACUGUCUCGGAUGGUUCUCCCCAAAGGUUGAAACGUUCGACGCGGAACACACGUGCUAGUCAAGCAGGUCCUUCCCAACGCUCUCAGCCAGCCAAGUUGAAGCAGACUUCUUUGGACAUGUUCACCACAAAGUCCAAGAUCCCAAGCGCCUCGCAACAUUCGCUGACGAAGCCUCCGCCCUCGCCUCCCAUACGACAGCCCAAGUCACAGCAGAUCCUUGAUGAUGAUUUUGAUAGUGACUCAUCAUCUGAUCUGGUUCCGCUUUCCUCCCUCGUCUCCCGCGCCUCUGCAUCGCCUAAGCGACAGCAGGAGCCCCCUCCUCCAAGCCGGAACUCAACCCCCAGUCCCGCCCCUGCGCGAAAGAAGAAGUUACUUGUCCCAAGGGCUAGUGCUGUGGGUUUCUUCAAAGAGGUCGAGGUAGACGCCGAAGAGCGCGACGAGUUGAUGGCUAGGGAGACAGCAACUCUGCGACGAAAGGGCGUCAGGGCGAAUGUUGUUCGGAUGAGUGACAUUGGAUUUAUAGAUUUGACACAGGAUGAUUAA